AAGUAUUUGAUUCAUGAGGUACGCAAUCCUUAAUUUUAGUUUUGUUUCAUUUUCUCAAGGUUUUAGCUUAAGAGUUCUUGAUUUUCAGUCCUGAACUUUAAAGGUUUUUGUUUUUUUUUCAUAAAAACCAAUAAUAAUGUAUUUGAAAGAAGGGUGUUCUUUACUGUUAAAAGUUCAUAAACCAUCAAUUCCUUUUGUCCUAAACACAAACCCAAUCUUGAAGCCUAAUAAUAUUAACAAAAAUGACAACCAAACCCAGAAAAAACAAACCCAUGUUGAAGAAUUUCAAGUGAUCAACAGAUUGAAACAGGAACCCAACAUUGCACUAGCUUUAAACUACUUCAAAUCGGUAGCUAACUCAAACUCAUUUAAGCACACCGCUUUAACAUACCAAGUUAUGAUCGAGAAACUUGGUCAAAAAUGUGAAAUAGAUGGUGUUCAGUAUCUUUUACAACAGAUGAAGCUAGAAGGAAUUAGCUGCUCUGAGGAUAUUUUUAUUAGUGUCAUAAGUUGUUAUCGGCGAGUGGGGGUGGCUGAGCAAGCGUUGAAGAUGUUUUAUAGGAUAAGGGAAUUUGGGUGCAAACCGAGUGUUAAGAUUUAUAAUCAUAUUUUGGAUGUAUUGCUUAGUAAGAACAAGUUUUCGAUGAUUAAUCCGAUAUAUAGUAAUAUGAAGAGAGAUGGGAUGGAGCCAAAUGUGUUUACGUAUAAUAUUCUUUUGAAGGCGUUGUGUAAGAAUAAUAGGAUUGAUGGUGCUUGUAAAUUGCUUGCUGAGAUGGCGAACAAGGGGUGUUCUCCUGAUGCGGUGAGUUAUACUACUAUAGUGUCUUCGAUGUGUAAGGCUGGUAAGGUGGAGGAAGCGAGGGAGCUUGCAGUGAGAUUUGAACCUAUUGUGAGUGUUUAUAAUGCUUUGGUUAAUGGGUUGUGUAAAGAAUGCAAAAUUGAGGAGGCCUUUUUUUUGUUAGAUGAGAUGGUGGAUAGAGGAAUUGAUCCUAAUGUUAUCACAUAUUCAACAAUUAUCAACUCUUUGUCUGAUAUUGGGAAUGUUGAACUGUCUCUUGCUGUUUUAGGUCAGAUGUUUGUGAGAGGGUGUAGUCCUAAUAUCCACAGUUUUACUUCCUUGCUGAAGGGCUAUUUACUUGGAAGAAGAUUGUAUGAAGCUCUUGACUUGUGGAAGCGAAUGGCUAGAGAGGGAUUCAUGCCCAAUAUUGUUGCUUAUAAUACCCUAAUACAUGGUCUGUGCACCAGUGGGAAUAUGGAUGAGGCUGUAUCUGUAUCCUAUCAGAUGGAGAAAAAGGGCUGCCACCCAAACGUGACUACAUAUAGUGCUCUAAUUGAUGGAUUUGCAAAAGCUGGAAAUUUGGUUGGUGCAUCUGAGACAUGGAACAGGAUGAUAAGUAACGGUUGUUCUCCUAAUGUUGUGGCAUAUACCUGCAUGGUGGGUAUCCUUUGUAGGAAUUCUAUGUUUAACCAAGCUCAUUCUCUGAUAGAAAAAAUGGCUUUGGAAAAUUGUCCUCCUAAUACAAUUACUUUCAAUACAUUUAUCAAAGGAUUAUGCGGCUGUGGAAGAGAAGACUGGGCAAUGAAAGUCCUUGAUCAAAUGAAGCAAUACAGGUGUAAGCCUAAUAUCACAACAUAUAAUGAGCUACUGGAUGGCCUUCUCAAAGUAAACAGAUUAAAAGAAGCUUUUGAGCUUGUCAUGGACAUAGAAGAAAGUGGGAUUGAGCUUAAUAUUGUGUCUUAUAAUACCAUAUUGCAUGGUUUUUGUCAUGCCGGUAUGUUAGAUGAGGCUUUCAAGUUUAUGGGGAAAAUGCUGGUUGGAGGGACAAAACCCGAUGCUAUCACAUUCAACAUAUUAAUUUAUGCCUACUGCAGGCAGGGUAAGGUUGGGGAUGCUAUUCAACUUUUGGAUAGAAUUAGAGCUCGAGGAGAGUGGAAUCCAGAAAUAAUCUCAUACAAUAGUAUCUUAUGGGGUAUCUGUAAUUGGAUUGGCUUAGAAGAGGCCUUCAAUUUUCUUCAAAAGAUGUUAAAUGAAGGGUUCUGUCCCAACAAUGCCACAUGGAAUAUGUUGGUUAGGUGUUUUUUUAGCAACUUAGGUCAUUUGGGGCCAGUUCAUGUUCUGGAUGAGAUCAUGGCUCGCAAGUAAGUGAUUGUUUCUGCAGAAGCGCAGCCGGCAAACAGAUAUAUUUUGCCACUCUAAGUAAAAUGCAACAGAUGCUUGUAUUUUUCGUUGCAUGUUGGAUUCUGUGAGAUCUCUUUGUUGGGCUUAUAAUCGGCACAACCAUUAUAGAGAAGGCAGAGGGACAACGUCACGCAGUUUCAAUCAUCUGAUACAUGGCAA